CUUGUGAAUAGCAUUUGGCAACCUGAUAUGAAAGCGAUGAAGCUGGAGGAUCGCAGAUAGGAUAAAGUCAGUCCUUCUUGGAGCAUUUGGCAGAGUGGAUAUUUUGCGAGGGGAAGAGCCUCUGUGAUGAGCUGGAAGAUGGCAGGUGUACAAGAAAUAGAGAGGAAAUGGGGAAUUGUUUGUGGCUUUUGUUAUUGGCACUCUUUUCUUGGGUGUUUGAUUUGUUGAGGAGUUAGGGAUGAGGACAACGUAGACAAAUCUUCUGGUCUUGCUACUGAUGUUAUGAACUGCUGGGCAUCGCUGUAACCAGUGGUGGUUCUCGACCAAAAAAAAGAAUGUGCUCCUGUCUCACAAAGUUCUUAGCAGCUGGAUUUCCAGAAGUUGGUACGUUUGCCCAGACUUUGCCUUGGAUGUUUCAUGCACGGACUGUUCCUCAGCAAUCUGUGCACCAGGGUUACCGUAGCGUGCGAUGAAGACAUUCAUUCUUGCAGUGAGGCACUCAUAUGUCAUAGGUUUGCUCUGUUCCCGUGUUGUCCAGGCUGGCGGUGCUCUGGGCUGGUUCAGGAUUGUCCAUCUCCUCUAUGAAUUUCCCAACUGCAGAAACAGCCUGCAGGGAGACUCCCCCCAGAUCGUGCAUGUAAUUUGUAAUUCAGCUCUCUCCAGGCUCCUCUUUUCUCCUGACAUCCAUCCGUCGGUUCAGGCUCAUCCAUUGAGUGCAAGCCUUGAGUUGCUGCUUGGGUUCCUCUCCCAUUACCACUGCCAUGCUGGAUUUUGAGGCCGAGCUCAGAUGAUCCUGGAACUUGUUUUGCAGGUUGCACCUGGUGGUGGGUCCAGCGGCGGCCGGCUGAACAGCCGUAAGGAGGCAGGGCUGCUGGCUGCUGUGACACUGACACAGAAGAUCGUGGUGUGUCUGUCAGACACCACACUCAUGGAUAUUCUCCCCAAGAUCAGCCAGGAGGUGCUGCUCCCUGUCCUGGGCUUCCUCACCUCCCUGUCUGUCGGUUUCCCCAGUGGUGCCCAGGCCCGUGUUGUCCUGUGUGUUAAGACAAUCAGCCUAAUUGCCUUGAUCUGCCUGCGGAUCGGGCAGGAGAUGGUGCAGCAGCAUUUGAGUGACACGGUGAGAACCUUCUUUGGAGCGUUCUCACUGCUGCAGGAGCUGCAGGACCAGGGAUUGACAGUGGAGUCGCUGAGUGGCUGCGAGGUGCCGGUGAUGGAGGUGCCCCUCAUGGAAGGGAAGCUGCUGGCUCUGGAUCCGGCAGUGCUGAUGGAGUUACAGAAGGUGUUUAACCCUGAGAUGGCCUACAUCACCUACAUCCCCUUCUCUUGCUUGCUAGGUGAUGUUAUCCGGACGGUUGUGCCCAACCACUCGCUGGUUGAGAAGUUGGCCAGUCUCUACCUGGAGAAUGUGAACCCAAAGAACCUGCAGGUGGUUGGCCUUGAGCAAGCACCGAGCAUGGCAGGCUCAGACCAAGAUAUGCGAGGGACAGAAGCGUUCUCCAGCCCCCAGGAGGACAGUCACUCUGGUACUUUUGGGAGCGUGCUGGUAGGGAACCGCAUCCAAGUUCCUGUGGACACGCAGCGUGAGGGUCUGGGCUUCCUUCGCCUCAGUGCUGGCACUGAUGGCUUCAUUCCCAGCUCAUCCUGUGAGGAAAACACUCUGAAGCACGACCUUCCUCGCAGCACCCACAUGCUGUGUGGGAACUGGCUGGCAUAUUGGCAGUAUGAGAUUGGGGUGAGCCAGCAUGACCCCCGCUUCCAUUUCCAUCAGAUCAAGCUGCAGAGUUUCUCAGGGCAUUCGGGGGCCAUCAAGUGCGUGGCACCACUCAGCAGUGAGGACUUCUUUCUUAGUGGCAGCAAGGACAAAACUGUCCGCCUUUGGCCCUUGUACAACUAUGGGGAUGGUACCAGCGAGGUGCCACCGCGGUUCACCUACUCUGAACACAAGAAGUCUGUUUUCUACGUGAGCCAGCUGGAGGCAUCGCAGCACGUAGUGAGCUGUGAUGGGACUGUGCACAUCUGGGACCAGUUCACAGGCAAACUUAUCCGGACUUUUGAUGAGUUAGAUAGCAAAGCCCCCAUCACAGCUGUGACCACCAUGCCACCUCCUUAUCACAGCAUUUCUGUGGCCAGUGCAGACUCUGUGCUGCGCUUCAUUGACCACAGGAAGCCAGGAUUACAGCAUGAGUUUCGCUUGGCCAGCGGGGUGAAUGCUGGGCUGAUCCGCUGCUUGGCUGUCAGCCCCAACGGGCGCAGCGUUAUGGCUGGCUUCUCUUCUGGUUUCAUCGUGCUGCUGGACACCAGGACGGGACUCAUCAUGCGGGGGUGGCCUGCCCACGAGGGAGACAUCCUGCAGAUCAAGGCUGCAGAGGGCAACGUGCUAAUCAGCUCUUCUUCAGAUCAUUCCAUGACCGUCUGGAAGGAACUGGAGCAGAAACCACUGCACCACUACAAAUCUGCAUCCGAACCCAUCCAUGCAUUUGAUCUCUAUGGCAAUGAAGUGGUGACUGGCACCGUGGCCAACAAGAUUGGUGUCUACUCCAUGCUGGAGUCCUCAGCUUUGCCUGUCAGCACAACCAAGCUGAGCUCAGAGAAUUUCCGGGGUACUCUGACCAGCCUGGCAGUGCUGCCCAUGAAAUGUCACCUCCUGCUGGGCUCAGACAAUGGUGUGAUACGCCUCCUGGCAUAGCAACCCCAGCCCAGAAGCUUGUAGCUGUCCCACAGCUCUGGUAGUAGAGCUGAAAGCCAGCAGUGUUUCUGAUAGAAGAGCCACAGUUAGGUGUUUCUGAACGGAGGAUGCAGGAGGGAGGUGUAUUUGCUAGUGAGCACUCGGUUAAGCAUCCCUAACCUCUUUCUCUAUCUUAAAGAAAAAAGAAAAGAAAAAAAAAAAAAAAGAAAAGCCAUAGCUGAGAAACCUCCACUGCUGCUGGGAGAAAUACUGGGCAUUGUAGGUCACUGUCACUCCUGCAGAGAGGUCUGGAGCUUUCCGUACCGUGUGUGCCUGAUCCCCAGGGGACUGUGAGCUGCCCUCCAGAGAAACGUGGACCAUGGGCAUCCCCCUCCCUUCCAUUAAGGGGUAAGAGGUUGCCCUCAACACAAAUAGAAACGUAUAGCUACUGCCAUCUGCACUUACCCUUCACACUCUGCUCCUGAACCACUGAAUAGUCCUACAAGGAUUGCAUUAGUGGGCACUGCCUCCUUUGGAGCUGCGUGCUGCUGGGGUGGGAUCAAAGCCCAGAGGAUCCACUCUGUUAACUUUAGGUUCUGCUGUUUGAGAGAGAGCCUGCAUAGGAGGAGGAGAGGUUAACUAGAGCUCUUUUGUUGCCUUACUGGCUCCAGAGCAAAUGCAGGAAUGCAAGUCAGCCAAGGCACAACCCCCCAUUCUGCUGUACUGCUUCAUCCUGUGAUUUAGGAAUGAACUGCAGAAGGGUGGUUUUGAAGGCCAGAACUGGAUGCUUCUAUCAGGAUUUUUGCUUCUGGAGCUGCAAGGUAGGGAUGGAUUGUUGCUGGUUCCUACCCUAGCUGCACUGCAUCUCAUUAUUAUCAGCGGGUUGAGGAAUGCUCUGUGUGCUAUGCAUUGGCAGCAUUCCUCAAGAAAUUUCCUUUCUCAUCCUCUCCAAUCUCCUUUGUGCUGGUCAGGCUUCCGGGGAAGACAGAACAGCAAAAAGGUGCUCAAUUUUACCCCUUCCCACCACAGGUUGAGAACCUGAGAUCACAAACCAGAAUGGCGUUCCUCUGACCUUCCCUUAGGGACAGCACUGUCUGCUCCCACUCCUGUGUGACCCAAAGGUGAGGAGAGUGCUCUUCGACCCAGCAGCAGGAGCAGUUGCCUCACUUCUCUUGCAGCCCUUUUCCCAUCCAUCCCUCUUGUUAUCAGGGGAGCGGGAAGCUCUUAUCUUGAGCAGGGGAGGAGUCUGCUGUGAUUUGUCCUGAGAGUGGAAAGAGGGGCACCCUCCAGCUGCCAGGGAGCUGGGAAGCUGCCCUGUGCUUUCAGGGAGGGGUGUGGUGGUGAGCAGUUGGCUCUGGCUAUCCUUCCCCAUCCAAGGGAAGCUCCUAGUCCCGUGUUGCCUAUUAACCAUUUGCAAUAGAUGUAAAUAUUGACUUCUAAUAAACUCUUUGAAAGAGAUGCAGAGAA